CUCAAUCUCUCUUAACGAUUUUACAACUUUGCAAUGAAACAUAUAUUAACUUGCUUAAUAGUAGUCAGUGCAGUCAUUUCCUGCACAAAAUCAUACAAUUACCCGAAUGCAGUAAACAAUGAUUUGGAAACAUUAACGCGUGACUAUUUGCCAGAACAAUUUACCAAAACCAAUUUCACAUUGGAAGAUGCCAAAACUCUUUUGUAUAAGAAAUGCAAAAAGGCAGCUUUAAUUUCCAAAAAUCCACCCCAAACCUAUGAAAACAUUGAAAUGGCGGCAAAUAAAUUGCUGGAGUGUGCCAAUGGCAUUGCCAAUAUAACGGUGAUGAUGGCCGAAAUAGAAGCUGCACGUCCGGCCGGUGAUUUGGAUGUUGUCUUUCACAAAUACUGCAAUAAAUUGCCACAAGCCGAACACUGUUUAAUGGAGUUCAAUGCUCAGAUAGUGCCCUGCCUGACACCUGCCGAACGUGCUCAAAAUGAUAUUAUGAUGCGUAUCAUCACCUCGUUGUUGGGUUUCAUUUGUUAUAAAAACGGUGAUCAAAUCGCUUUGUUUAUAGCGGAAGAGGGACCCGAAUGCUUGGAAGCCAAUAAGGAGAAUAUAUCGAAUUGCAUAAAUGCCACAUUUUCUGCGUAUCUGCCAGAGGAUGGCCAAUUGCCGGCCAAUGAUGCUGAUUGGCCAGAGUUGGUGUUGGGGCCAAAGCAAUGCAUUGAUUUGCAUGACUUUGAGGAGUGUGUUCUCAGCUAUUUGGAGAAAUGCAAUGAAAUUACACCGGCUAAUAUUAUCGAGUCACUGUUCAGACAUGUCAAGAAUGAAACGAAAUGCCAAGAGGAAAUCGAUAAAGUGAUUAGUUUUCAGCCCAGCCAACUGCAGCAGCGUAAUAAGGGUGUUAAUUGUACACUGUGUGUCACCUUCUAUUUGGCCACAUUCAUGCUGGGCUUAAGUGUGUUUUUAAAGUAUUAUUUUUAAGUUUUUUUUU